AUGGCACCACAUCCGUUUGACCCGGUGACGCCUGCCGAGCUCCGGCUGGCUGUCAAGAUCCUCGAGAAUGCCUUCCCAGGAGUUGCUCUGCGGUACAAGGUUAUCGACCUCCAGGAGCCCAUCAAGAAGGAUGUCGUUCCCUAUAUCGAGGCAGAGAGACUAUGUAUCUCCUUGCCUAAGAAGCCUGCUCGCCUACUCAUGGCCAUGUUCCAUCGGUUGGACACAAAGAGUUUUAUGAAGGCGCUGAUAAAUAUUGAUACCCGGGUGCUACUACACGUAAAGGAGAUACCCAAGGACAUACAGGGACCUUGUGACGCAGAUGAGCUGAUCGAGAUGGAACAGCUCUGCUUGGAGCAUCCUGCUGUGAAAGCCGAGGUUGAGAAGAUGAAGCUUCCACCAGGAGUGACCGUGUGUUCGGACCCCUGGAUCUAUGGAACAGACGAUCCCAAAGAAACCCGCCGUCUGAUGCAGUUUUACAUGUAUCUUGUCGAUACCGAAAACCCCCAGCAUAACCACUACUCCCUCCCAUGCACUUUUUCCCCGGUAUUUGACGCCAAUACUAAGGAGCUAGUCCGCAUUGACUACCUAUCUACUGGCUCGGAUCAUUCCACGAAGCCUACUCAGCCCUGGAAACCGGUCAAGGCUGUUCAGUACGCUCAUGAUCUCUUGGAUGAGCCUACUCGAACGGAUCUCAAACCGUACAUAGUACAACAGCCAGAAGGCCCCUCAUUUUCCGUAAAUGGGAGCUUUGUGCACUGGCAGAAGUGGAGGUUUCACGUUGGAUUCAACUAUCGCGAAGGAAUGGUGUUAUAUGGCGUGACGUAUGACAGACGCAAUGUCUUCUACCGGCUAGCCGUGAAUGAAAUGACAGUUCCGUAUGGAGGUAGGCUUAUGUAUUCAGUGUCUCUAUCUUCAUCAGCUAAUAUUAGUGUAGAUCCACGGGCACCAUACCAUCGUAAACAGGCAUUUGACAUUGGGGAUGUUGGCUUUGGAGUUACAGCCAACCAGCUAUCUCUGGGCUGUGACUGUCUCGGUCAUAUCAAGUACUUCGAUGGCUACAGGAUCGACUCCAAGGGAAACCCAGUGCUGUUGAAAAACGUUCUCUGUCUACACGAACAAGACAAUGGAAUACAACAUAAACAUACCAACUACCGCUCCCAGGCUGCCACUGUGGUCCGGAAUCGUCAACUUGUCUUGCAAAUGAUCUGCACAGUCGCAAACUACGAGUACAUCUUUGCUUGGAUAUUUGAUCAAGCCGGCAAUAUCGAGCUUGAAGUCAGGGCUACAGGUAUAUUGUCAACCAUGCCUAUCGACGAAGGAGUGUCCGUUCCGUUCGGCACCAACGUGGCUCCAGGAGUCAUGGCUGCCUAUCAUCAGCACAUAUUCAGCAUGCGUAUUGAUCCAGCCAUUGACGGGCACAGCAAUACGGUGAUAUAUCAAGACAGCGUUCCAAUGCCUGAUGACCCAGAUACAAACCCUUAUGGUGUGGGAUACGUCCAAGAAACCAAGGUCAUCAAACGUUCAACAGCAGCGGACCUCAGUGUUCCUGAUGCCCGCGUUUUCAAGAUCCGGAACGACAAUAUCAUUAACCCCACAUCUGGCAAACCGGUUGCCUAUAAAUUGCACGCACUGCCCAGCCAGCUCAUGCUUAUGCACCCCCGCAGCUUCAACAUGAAACGGGCCCAGUUCGCUACAAGGCCAAUAUGGGUGACCAAGUACCGAGACGAUGAGUUGUACGCUGCCGGCGAAUUCACUAAUCAAAGCAAGGGGAGCUCUGGUGUUGAGCAAUGGGUCGCUCGAGAAGAUAAUGUCGAAAACACGGACGUUGUCCUCUGGCAUACCUUCGCACUUACUCAUAAUCCCCGCCCAGAGGAUUUCCCUGUUAUGCCCAUGGAGAAGGUCAGCAUCAUGCUCAGACCGGAUGGUUUCUUCGAGAAAAAUCCUGCUUUGGACGUCCCGCAGUCAGCGCAGAAUUUCAAUCAGUCUUCUCUGCAUAUUUCAUCUGAGAAGAACGAGGCCAAACAUUGCCCAUGUCCAUCUACUUCAAAGCUCUAG